GUAAAAAGCAGUUCUGAGGAUCGUGACCGAAACUGAGUCUCUGUGUGUGAGUGAGGUUCACUUCUAACGGAGACGACGAGCGAGAUCGCAGGCUGCGGAACACUGCAGAAGUACACGUCAGACAAAGAAAUUUUUCCGACAGUCAUUUUCCCAUAGAUGAUUGACGUGAUCGUGAUCGAUGGAUAUCUAUCCGUUCUCUUGUGCCUCCUUGGAUCAGUGUUUAAAUUCCAAAACAGCAGAACCGGAUGAAUCUUCACACUUAAUUCCUUCCGCAAAGCCAUGGCUAACGAAUAAGACCAGUGCACCCUAAGGCCAGCACAAAAGUACUUAUUAGAUCAUGCUCCGCGCCGCACUGAAUACCCUUGGGCUUCUGCACCCGGAACCCCCGGCGUGGGAGAGCGUUUCCGUGGCGCACCCCUCGAGCCAGAACAGCUACCUGCGAAAAUUCGACACGCCCGUCCAGAAUCCGGGGAUUGUCCCCGAUAUCUGGAACGGCCCGAGCGUGUUUAUGCCCGGGGCGGAGCCGACCACCGGCGGGGACCCCUACCAGACGGACACGAUACGGGUCAGCAUUGAGGGUCUGGAUUUGCAGCACGCUUCCUCAGCCACAAAAACGGCAGUAUUCCUCGGAGCCGCGGUGUUGGCGCCGUCGAGCUGCAGUUGUGUUCGGUUUCCGCUUGGUAUCGUGGACAGAGGCGAUGGAACGGAGGGGCAGGAAGACGAGGAUCGAAUAGAGGAACACCAGAAUUAUUUUGAGUCAGACGUUGAUCGUGAUGAUCACAGUUCUCAACAUCAAACGGCGCUUGCCGGCUGCUCAGGAAUUGGAGACUGGCGGCGAAAGUCCCGAACGACGAGAGAACACCGAGAGCUGCUUUGGCGGAAGGAAGAAACACCGCAGCCUGGUCAUACUGGGGUGUGGAGGGAGAGAGAACAAGUGCUGAUAUGAUGAAAACCAAAAUGUGAUGGAGAACUUCCUAAUAGCGAAAUCGUCAGGAUGAGAUUGAUUUUUUUCAGCGACGGCUUACGUGCUGCAAC